CUCCCAACGCGCAAUCACCCGGCAAGCUUCUACUAUGCGCUGCGCCAUUGCAAUUGCUCGGGCGCUGGAUGUUACUCAUAAAAAUGCUCCGAUGAGAACUUGCCCGAAAAUCUCCUGUUCCCGCACCCGCCUAUCAACCAGACCAGCGACGUAAUGGCCGGCGACUCCCAGGCAGCCGAGCCCAAGUCUCCACCACGUGAGCGCCCGUGGCUGCUUGCAUAUAAUCGCAAGCUUAGGCACCUCCAAGGCAUCACCAUCCGCAACCUCACGCUUAGUCUAUCUCCCCCGAAGUCGCGCGGACGGACCAUCGACGAUGAGGCUAUACCGAGUACACUCAAAUCGCCCACCAAGGCGCUGGCUCUGAGGGAGAGCAGGGGCCUGGCGCAUUCGCGAUCUUCAAGCGACCUCACCUCACCCGAGGAUACGCGGCGCAGCAAUGGCAGCUUGCGCGAACCCAUGACUCCGAACACGUCCAUCAGACCCGGAUAUGGAAGGGGACUGAGAAGGCGCUCAACUAUGGAGUGGACCAAUGCGACCCCGCUGUUCCGCCAGAAGAAGCUAGAAGACAUUACCGCAGGGCGCAUGGCGGAUACCUUCUUCAGCCUGCAUGUAGAGGACCAGGACGACCCGGUAUACAUCUCCGAAGUCGCGGAAAAGGCGAUGAAUCCAAACUUCAAGUUCUUCGACCUCGGACCCUGUGGCCCUGGUGUCACGCGACUGGAUAAACUCACCGUGAGGGUGUGGGCGAAGAGCGAGACGAUGCAGGAUUGGCAGUACCUCCUGGACUACACAGUGCAGUUCAGGUCGUUGCAGUUCAUUGGCAGGACUCUCGGAAGUUUCAGACACCCACUCCCGCAGAACUGCAUACUCUUCCACAUGACGGACGGAAUCUACACCAGCUUUACGGAUCUGCCGGUAGAGGAGCGAAUGCGCCCUGAGCUCCUCGCGCCGCCGAAGAAUAAUCCCGACGGGAAAGCCCUUACCUCCUCGUCAUACGACGCCCUAAUGCGACUGUCAACACUAGACGACUGUAUUCAGGAUGCGCUGAUUACGCGAGACCGGAUCGCCGACGAGAUUGAGGGCAUACUUGCGGCAAACAAGGAGGACAUCUGCACAGUUGAGUCGGUCGCCGAGACGGAGGAAAGUCUGCGGACCGUCCAGGCUGCGGUGACUGCUGAGAAGCGAAGAAUGGUGGCAGCACGAAGAAGACGCGACGAGCUUCAAGCCAACAUCAAGUACCGACGGGACAAGAUGCAAGCAGGACGAGACUUGCAAGCACAAGCUGAGACUGCGCUGACUGAAGAGAGAGCCAAGUGUACGGAGAGCAAAGACCUCAUAGAGAAGGCUGGCGAGGACAUCACUGGCCAACGGCGGAGGGUCUGCGAAGACCUCCUCAGGAUAUUCCCUAUCGAGCCUGUUCAAGGCAAAGCGCUCGCCUUCACGAUACGAGGCGUCCCCUUACCCAACUCUCAUUUCGACGAAGUAAAUCCGGACGUGACCUCCGCAGCACUAGGUUACGUCGCUCAAGUCGUCAACUCGCUGUCGCCCUAUCUGUCUGUCAUAUUACCGUAUCCAAUAUCACCACACGGCUCAACAUCGACCAUUGAUGAUCCACUUGCCGUCACGCAGGCCAAUCAGAACCCCCAACGCACAUACCCUCUCUACAUGAAGAAUGUUGUGAGGUAUCGCUUCGAGUACGGUGUCUUCCUCCUCAACAAAAACAUCGAAAUCCUAUCCAACUCUCUCGGCCUGCGACCCGUCGAUAUUCGCCACACAUUACCGAAUCUGAAGUACCUACUUUACGUCGCUACGGCUGGGAAAGGCGAGCUUCCAGCGCGGAAGGCGGGUGGCAUCAAAGGCUUGUUGCGGCAGGAUGGUGUACUCUCCAGAAAAGGGAGCAUGGAUAGUACAGUCACAGCGAGCAGCGUUGGCACACCCACAACUGAAUUGAAGAAGAAUCUUGAGAUUGCGGGGAAAAGGCUGGAGAUAAAAGCAAAUGGUGCGCCUACUCAAGCACAUAGUCAUGCAGGGAGCAGGCUAAGACCUGCAGCAUAGCGGCAUAAGCGAAGAUGUGUUCAUGGGUAUGAAGUGUGUAGUCUAGCUGCGUUAGUAGGUGACUGCAGCCAUGUAAAUACAAAACACCAAUAAUCAGCGAAAUAAGCUUCGAGAUUACCGUUGCUUUUGGUCCGGGUGGCUUCCCGCCCCAUCAUCCCCGUAUCUCGAUUGCUUGGUCCAUGUACCUGUGACGCACGUCGCUGUUCUUCUGUCAAAUCCUAGACCCCGCCGACGGGUGCCGGAUCAUCCUCCAUCGGGGUCCAAAAAGCAUCUUCACUGUUCACUCGUCCUGAAUUGGAUUCAAAUCGCAUCUCUCCAUAGAAGUU